AUGAGGGAUGCUUUCAGGGGCUGGGGCAGGAACCGCGGUGGCGGAGGGUGGCGGGGAGGCCAGCGGGCAGCCGUUGCCGAUGCGCAUCAUCAGCAGCAGUGGAAGAGUGGCCCUGGGUUAGUCUCCGGGCCAGACACUCGCCACUUCAACCCCCGAGAGCCCCGGGCUCGUCCAGAGAGGGAGGCAGAGCCGCCUCACGGGUCGGUGCUGCCCCCCCACUCUCCCGCGCCGCACAGGCGCCGCCAGCAAGGUCAGGGCCUCCGUAAAGAGCGCACUGCUCCUUACGAGCCACGAGCCGUGCUGGGACAAGGCCCACAUGGGGCCUCCCCGGUUGCAGCCGGGGGAGGAGGGCAAAUUGUUGUGGGAGGGAGGGGGAGGGUUGAAGAGGAUGCCGCACCGGGGGGAGUGCCGGGGCAGUUGCCCUGCUCGACUCCCGUGCAGACCUGUAUGCCUCCUCCCACAGUUUGCUGCAGCAUCUAUGCAGAUCAGCUCAUUGACUACUACACGGGCAAGAUUUGCCCUAGGCGUUUUUGCGUAGCUUACAAAGAAGUGUGUAAGCUUGUUAGGUUGCCUGAGGCGACACCAGCACCUGCAGGGUCAGGGUUGCAACAUCUUCCCCCUGCGGGAGUUUUAGGCGUUGCAAGGGGUGACGAAGGGGUUCAAGAGACGCAGAUGCCCAAUGGGCAGCAGAGAACUCAAGCAGCGGCACUUGACGCAGACGAAAUGAGUGAAGUAUCCCAGGUUGAAGAGGGGGAGGUGGACGAGGAGGCCCCGGUGGUUCAUUCGACUCGGCACACCUCGCAAGAAGGCCAGCAGAAGCGCAGCGCAGGUGUUGUUAACCAGCUGCAGGGGGAUGCUGUCGAGAACGGCCCUUCUGCUGUCAAAGGUCCUGCUGCCGUUAGUGGCUCUGCCGCUGCUCGGCAACACCAGGCUGGUUUAGAAAGCUCGCAUAUGCAAAGUCAGGGUGUGGCGGCGCAUGCGCCGAGCUUGCAGCAGCAGCAACAACCAGUGGCAGCACCCAAUACCACAAGAAGGGACCCCAGAUUAGCCGCAAGGGCACGUGCUGAAACGGGCGUGCAGCAGCAGCAAGAGGUAGUGCAGCAAGUAAAGCAACCAGAAACUUCAGAGCCGCAACAACAGCCUCAGCAGGGAGCGCAAGACCAGCAACAGCAGCAACAGCCAACGCAGUGGGACCCGAAUGCAUUGCCUCCAGAGCUGCGUCGGCAGCCGUUACUGUCAGGAAAGCUGCCGUUGCUGUUAGAUUUAGACAAUACACUGCUGCAUGCACAAGCCGUUGGGGUGGCAGGGUACACAAUAGCUUUGGAAGAUUGGCUUGAUGAGGAUGGUUUGCCGGAAUUGUAUAAGUUUGAACUGCCCUGCAACCGCAAGGUCUAUUACCUGAAGUUGCGCCCAGGGCUGCGCCGAUUCCUUAGGGCACUUGCUCCCGUUUUCGAGUUAAGCAUUUACACAAACGCGACGCAGGAGUAUGCGGACCUCGUGGUGGCCAUUUUGGACCCCGACAGAUCUCUUUUCGGCGACCGGUAG